GUGAUGCCGGGGCCGGGGCUGUGCGCAGCCGGGGCCGGCCCGAGGCGCUGCUGGACCUUAGCGCCAAGCGAGUGGCGGAGAGCUGGGCCUUCGAGCAGGUUGAGGAGCGGUUCUCUCGGGUGCCAGAGCCAGUCCAAAAGCGCAUUGUGUUCUGGUCAUUUCCACGCAGCGAACGGGAGAUAUGUAUGUACUCGUCGCUGGGCUACCAGCCCCCAGAAGGCGAGCAUGAUGCCCGGGUGCCUUUCACCCGUGGGUUGCACUUGCUGCAGAGUGGGGCUGUUGACCGCGUGCUCCAAGUAGGGUUUCAUCUGAGCGGUAACAUCCGGGAACCAGGAGGCCCUGGAGAGCCCGAGCGCCUCUACCAUGUCUCCAUCAGCUUUGACCGCUGCAAGAUCACAUCUGUGAGCUGUGGUUGUGACAAUAGAGACCUCUUCUACUGUGCCCACGUGGUGGCCCUGUCGCUGUACAGAAUUCGACAUGCCCGCCAGGUAGAGCUGCGGCUGCCCAUCUCUGAGACACUCUCCCAGAUGAACCGGGACCAGCUGCAGAAGUUCGUGCAGUACCUCAUCAGCGCACACCACACCGAGGUGCUGCCCACUGCCCAGCGCUUGGCAGACGAGAUCCUCCUCCUGGGCUCCGAGAUCAAUCUGGUGCACGGUGCCCCAGACCCCACAGCGGGUGCAGGCAUUGAGGACGCCAACUGUUGGCACCUGGACGAGGAGCAGAUCCAGGAGCAGGUGAAGCAGCUGCUGUCCAAUGGCGGCUACUACGGUGCCAGCCAGCAGCUGCGCUCCAUGUUUUGCAAGGUACGGGAGAUGCUGCGGAUGCGGGACUCCAAUGGGGCACGCAUGCUGAUCCUCAUGACCGAGCAGUUUCUGCAGGACCCACGCCUGGCCCUGUGGCGGCAGCAGGGCGCUGGCAUGACAGACAAGUGCCGGCAGCUGUGGGAUGAGCUGGGGGCCCUGUGGGUGUGCGUUGUCCUGAGCCCCCACUGCAAACCAGAGGAGCAGGCAAGCUGGCUCCAGCUGCUUGACAAGUGGGACAAGCUGGACGUGUGCCCACUGGAAGAAGGCAACUACUCUUUUGACGGGCCCAGCCUGCAGCCCACCAUGGCCCUCAGCCCAGGCCCGGAGGAGGAGGAGGUGGUGGCUGCAAGUUCCCGCCACACCGUGUUUGGCCGAGCCCUACAGGCUGGGUUGCUGCAUUGGAGUGACGCUCACCUGCAGAGGAUCCUGGCCAGUGACUGCUAUGGCCCCAGCCUCACAGGCCACAUGGGCAGCGACAAGCUGACGUUCGACCCCCAGGGCCGCCCCCUCUGGCUUGGGGAGCCAUUCCCCACUGCUUGUGCCCGUGUGGACACCCUGCGUGCUCAUGGAUACCCCCGCCAGGCCUUGAGGCUAGCAGGUGCCAUAAUCAACACACUUCGGCUACAGCGGCGGCACCAGCUUGAGAGCUACAAGCAACAGAAAAAAGAGCUGCUACAGAAGGGCUCUACCUGCAUCACCAACAUGGAAGGAUGGGUGGGCCACCCCUUGGACCCCAUUGGCUGCCUCUGUAGGGCUCUCCUGGAGGCCUGUCGCCUGGAGGAGGAGACCCUCGCCCUUUAUCCAGACUCAGGCUCCGAGAAGCGGAAGGCGGCCUACCAGCACGUGCUGGUGCCUGGGAGCCCUGGGGAGUCCUACUUGGCGCUGGCGCUGGAGGUGGCACUUCUGGGCCUGGGACAGCAGCGGGCCCUGCCCGAGGGGUUGUAUGCCCAGGACAAAGUGGUGCGGAAUGAGGAGCAGCUGCUGGCGCUGCUGGAAGAGGUGGAGCUGGACGAGCGGCUUGUGCAGGUGAUGCGCAAGCAGGCAGGGCUGCUUUUGGAAGGGGGUCCCUUCAGCGGCUUCGGUGAGGUGCUGUUCCGGGAGAGCGUGCCCAUGCACACCUGUGCCCGUUACCUGUUCACCGCACUGCUGCCCCACGACCCCGACCUGGCCUACCGCCUAGCAUUGCGAGCCAUGAGGCUGCCUGUACUGGAGACAGUGCUUCCAGCUGGAGAGCCUCACUCCAACCCAUUGGACUCCGUCAUGAGUAACCACUUCCCCCGCUGGUUCAUCCUGGGCCAUCUGGAGACCCGCCAGUGUGAGCUGGCCUCCGCCAUGCUGACUGCUGCCAAGGGAGACCCCAAGUGGCUGCAUGCAGUAUUGGGCUCCAUCCAGCAGAAUAUCCACUCUCCAGCCCUGCUCUUCAAGCUGGCGCAGGAUGCCUGCAAGACGGCCACCCCAGCCAGCGCACCACCAGACACCACCCUGCUGGGCAUUGCGCUGGAGCUGGGCCUGCAGGUGAUGCGGAUGACUCUGAGCACCAUGACCUGGCGGCGAAGGGAGAUGGUACGCUGGCUGGUCAGCUGUGCCACAGAGAUCGGCCCACAAGCCCUGAUGAACAUCAUGCAAAACUGGUACUCCUUAUUCACGCCAGUGGAAGCGGCUACCAUUGUGGCAGUGACAAGCACCACUCAUGCCACGCUGCUGCGGCUGCAGCUUGAUGCGCCCCGGCGGGAGGAGCUCUGGGCCUGCGCCCGCACCCUGGCCCUGCAGUGCGCCAUGAAAGACCCGCAGAACUGCGCCUUGCCCGCGCUCACCCUGUGUGAGAAGAACCAUGCAGCCUUCGAGGCGGCCUACCAGAUAGUGCUGGAUGCGGCUGCCGGUGGCCUGGGCCAUGCCCACCUCUUCACUGUGGCCCGCUACAUGGAGCACCGUGGCCUGCCACUGCGGGCCUACAAGCUGGCCACGCUGGCCCUGGCUCAGCUCAGCAUCGCCUUCAACCAGGACAGCCAUCCCGCUGUCAAUGAUGUGCUCUGGGCCUGCUCCCUCAGCCACUCCCUAGGCCGGCACGAGCUCUCUGCCAUUGUCCCGCUCAUCAUCCGGAGCAUCCACUGUGCCCCCAUGCUCUCUGACAUCCUGCGCCGCUGGACCCUCUCAGCGCCUGGCCUGGGUCCCCUAGGGGCCCGCCGGGCGGCCAAGCCAAUGGGCACUGACCGGGCGCCGCUCUGCCAACUCCUAGACGCUGCAGUGGCAGCCUACAUCAACACCAGCCACUCCCGCCUCACGCACAUCAGCCCACGGCACUACGGUGACUUCAUUGAGUUCCUGGGCAAGGCCCGUGAGACUUUCCUUCUGGCACCUGAUGGGCACCUUCAGUUUGCCCAGUUUUUAGAGAACCUCAAACAAACCUACAAAGGCAAGAAGAAGCUCAUGCUGUUGGUGCGGGAACGUUUUGGCUGAGGGGCAGCAGGCAGGUGGUGGGAGGGGUCCCCCAUUGCCCCUGCCUCUGUGGCACCCAUUCUGCAUCAGGGGCCUGGACUGGAGGCCCAUGUGACAUCUCAGUAUUAAGUCAGGGAAGAAGCCCAGCUGGAGCUAGGUGGUCUUGCUUGCUGUCCCCCCAACCCAGCUAGAUGUGGGGGAGUGGUGUCCUGUCACAUGCGUGCCUAGGAGUGUGUGAACGACUGCGAGAUGUGAGGAUCAGAAGCCAUACCACCACCCAGAGGACUGGAAAGGGGUGUGUGCUUGGGUAGCAGUUAUGACCCUGCCUUGUGUACCCCAAAAGCAAUAGGCAGACUACCCCUUCCCAAACUCACAGGCCUGAUGUGGGCUCCAGGAGAGCUGGGAGGCAGGACUUUCCCUAACCAGCUCUCAAAGUCAAUGUAGCAAACCCUCCUGGUGCCCCACUCUGGGUGCCCAUGGGACUUGUGUUAGGGUAUCUAAAUCUCCUUUCGUACCCUCCCUUCACUGCCUCAGGGGCCCCCUUCCACAGUCCUGUACCUGCUCCAGGCUGUCCAGCUGGGACCAAUGGUUCUCCCCCUACUGAAGGAUUUGAAGAGGCCUCAGGCCUUGGCCACAUACCUCACCCCCCACCUGGUCAGGACUCCCAUUCCUGUGGGUGCCAGGGUCUCGGGGCAGGCUGGGGGGGCCAUUGCUGUCCCUUCCCCCUACCUGCUAGUCACUGGACAUACAACUCAGGAACCGAGCCAGGCUCACGCUGUCCUCCAAACCCGGUGUCAGGGGAGACAAGCACAAGUGAGCCAGGGACCCACGUCCCCAAUCUGGAAAGGAAAGAGGCUGGCAUGUGGGCAUUUUCUGGCUCUGUCUUGUCUCUCCCUUUCUCCUCCUCCUCCCUGCUCUGCCCCUUCACCUUACUCUCCCUUUCCACGUUUCUCUCAAUUUAACCUGCUUUCCUAUUCGCAUCUCUUAAGUCUCAGCUGCUGUCUCUUUGGCCUCCCCACCCCCACAUCCCUCUAUCUUUUCCCUUCUUGUGAUUAAGGACAAAAGAUCACAUCAUUUUGUAACUUUUUUUUUCUAUUUAUUGAACCGUAUAUUGUAUUUCCUUUUUCCUUUUGGUUUUUUAAAGCAUGAACACAGCU